GUGGAGAGCGUCCGCGUGGAAGAUGAAGGGCGCCUGACCCAGAUGAGGUUUGAUGCCGCCGUGAAGGUGAUCAAGAGUUUACCCCCGAAUGGUCCCUUUCAGCCCUCCAAUGACAUGAUGCUCAAGUUCUACAGCUACUAUAAACAGGCCACUGUGGGACCAUGCAGCAUACCCCGACCUGGCUUCUGGGAUGUAGUUGGAAAGGCGAAAUGGGAUGCCUGGAAUUCUCUUGGAGAAAUGUCCAAAGAAGAAGCAAUGUCAUCUUAUGUUGAUGAAAUGAAACUGCCUCUGCUCAACGGACACAAUCCAGAUCCAAGUGUAGCUGCGUCUGCACCCAGUCACCUGACCAGCGACUCAGACAGCGAGGUGUACUGUGACUCUGUGGACCAGUUCGGACAGGAAGAGAACUCGGAGCAUAACCGCUCUCUGGAUGAAUUGGAUGAAGAAGAGAACCACCUCCAGCCACCUCUGGAGGAGAGACGGGAGACUCAGGAGGAUGUACAGGGUCCAUUGCAGGUUGUCAGAUGUGGAGGAGAAGAUGGAGAGGCAGGUGGAGCAAUGUCACAGAGGCUGAAUGUGACUGUGCCUGGUGGCUCUUCAGUCAGAAGAGGAAGGGGCUCCAGGUCUCCAGGCCUUCGCCCUGGAUCUCAGAUGCCCAUGCACAAUGCUGGAGAUGGAGACGGGGGCCACUGGGGAGGUGCAGGAACACCUGGAGCGAACCUGAAUGAGCAGAUCGUCGUGGCGCUGGCCAGACUGCAGGAGGACAUGCAGAGCGUCCUGGAGAGGCUGCACACACUGGAGGCUCUAACUGCAAGCCAGGUCUGA